GGACAGACUAUAUUUUACUUUAGUGUUUUACUUUAAAGUAGUAUUCAACGACGGGCCAGCCUUUUUGACAGGAGUCGAAAAAAACCUUUAUUUUCAAAUAAUAUAAUUUAACGACAGGUCGGAUUUUUCUUCUUUAUUCUUCAACAACCCUACUGAACAGCAAGUCAGAUAUUCAUCGGUCGAUUAUCACUCAUCCGUAGUGUAACCUCUAGCGGUGAUUACGUAAAGGUGAGGGAGAAUUCUUCAACGACGGGCAUUCUUUCUGCGUUUACAAAACUUCAAGGCACAUCAUGAUAGACAAGACCACAGGCCUUUUUGGAACCAAAUAUGGCGCACCCAUGUUCAAGUCUCCUUUUUCAGAUGCAUUUCUGCAAAUAGGCAGUUUACAGUUCAAAAAGGACUGUGCACCGUAUGAGCUGAUGUUUGCCGACUGCAUGGAGGCUUAUGGCCAUCACAUUGGCCUAGAUAAAUGCAGAACAAUAUUUAACGACAUGUACGAGUGUACAUAUAGAGUAAAGAGAAUACGGCGUGUUAUUGCAAUGAAUAAAGAAAGAAUACGUCAAUAUAAGAAUGGCGAGAGAAAGGAAUACUAUCCACAAGGACCACCGAUUGACCUGUAUUAAACUGUUACUCUCACAAAGAUACGUAGUUUAUGAGUACAUGUAAGCUGGAAAUUCUGUAAGAUUGAUCAUCUAAAUAGACGACGAUAGUGUGUAAUCGUCUAUAGAAAACUUGUUGCAUCGAAUUCGACAAAUGUAUCAUUCUUUUUUUUCUCCUGAAGGGGUUUUGUUAAUUACACAUUAUGGGAUGUACUUGUAUUGUCUUCUCUAUAGGUUUUUAAUUAUGUACAAAUGAUUUCUUUCUCUUUAACAAAGUUAUUGUGUAAUUUGUUUGCA